AUGCCAGUGACGAUAUGGCGACUCAACGCUUCAGCGUAUGCGAAAUGGUCGCUGAAGUGGCUAAAGAAGUGCUACGAGCUUGACGAUGCGGCUGAAGAAGCUGCCGCAGUCUUGUUGCAUACUCUGCUUGAGAUUUGCCUGUUUCCAACUCCAGCGGGGAGCCAGACCAACCCUGGUGAGGACUACACGCGCAUGGUGACAUUGGCAGGGCCAGGUAACAGGUCGCGAUUGAAGAAGUCUAUAUCCUUGUCAUUCAUCACAGACAAAACGCUCCCAAUCAAAGCCAAGGAACAGUGCGACGCGUUUCUAGCCAGACUCAGCCAAGAUGAGCCCAAGAAAAAGACUGGUCUUAACCAAAUCACAGCAGGAUCGAAGCUGCCAGAACCAGAUGACUUUCCUCAGCAUGUCAGCAAGAACCUGUUUGAGGCUCUUCACCAGCACGCAUAUUGUCACCAUGCAGAAAUGGCACAGCAGAAAUCUUGGCUGAGUAAAUCCAAGAAGGUGAAGCCCCAUCAUCAUGAACUAGCUCAUCCGAUCAGACUGCACCUUGAUGCGAAGCCACAAAUACAGAGCAAGCAUGCUCAGUUUGAGGUGGUGAUUUCUUCAGAGAAUAUGAGUUACUGGCAACAUUUGUGGCUAGGUAUUCCUAUGCAAACGAAAGGUCGCAGAGGUGGUGUCAAGUUUGCAAACGUUUCCAGCGAUGAGGAGGGAGAUGGUCAAAUCUCUGCUCUGAAACGAAUCAACUCGGACUACUUCUGCCAAGUGUUAAAACAUCAACUGUUUGCCAAACUCAAUCUCAACUUUGUCAAAGGCAUUGGUCUUGUAUCCCUACCGCCACCUGCUCCUCUUGAGAGAUUCUUAUGCCCGGGACAAGGGCUUCCACUGUCUCUAGCCAUCCAGAGCUAUAAGUUGACAGACAAGGACAAGAUCUUACUCGCUCAUGCUAUUGCACAUUCUUUCUGGCAGUUCUACGAAUCGGACCUGAUGAAACACCGCUGGACGAGCGAUGAUAUUUGGUUCAUGCAUGAGAUGGAUCACCAGCAUUCGCCGAAAGAUCUACUUGCACUGCGGGUGUAUAUGCCACUUGACUUCGAAUGUCAACAAAUAAACUUGGAGAAUGAAGAAAGGGCAAUGCUGACGCACCCCUUCCCGCACAUUCUUAGCCUGGGACUUGUUCUCCUGCAAAUUGGACUCUCAAAGCCUUUCAAGCCUAUGACACACCUACCGCUUAUCUCUCGACUGAACAGAGACCAUGGUGCCGCGAGGCAAUUAUUGGGUGAGCUGGAAAAGGCACAAUGGGCGCGUUCAACACAUCGGGAUAUCUUUGCCAGAGCCGCUGCGAACUGCCUAGAUCCCAGAACAUUUACCGCUUCUACCCCGAAACCGAAAAUAACCAAGAAUUCUACUAAAGACGAGCUUGCCAUCACCACUGGUGAGGAUGGCGUAAGGCGGAAAGUCUAUGCUGAGAUUGUCGAACCGCUGUCAAAACUCGUCAACAUCGCCUUCAAAGCUGACGCAAAAUACGUGUCCUACUUGGCGAAAUGCAAGGAGGUCGAAACCCAUAAUAAGCUUCACUCGCAAGUAGCCUCAUUCCAUACUGGAAAGACAAUCGUUCCAGAGGACUGGCUGGACAAUCUGAAACAUAUAAGUAUGCAUAUCAUGAAUAUACGUGAGGCAAAGCCGGACCACGAGUUCAAGCCUGUCAAGGUAGCGGUUUUAGACACAGGGUGUGAUGCAGACUUGCCUUUUUGCAAGAUACCAAGGAGGAAGAAGUCCAUAAGAGCGUGGAAGGACUUUGCCAGUAAUGGGGGCGAAGGUACAGGUGCAGACUGUAUGGAAGAUCAAUAUGGCCAUGGCAGCCUGAUGACUCGACUGAUCAUGGAAGCAGCUCCGCUAGCUCAUGUUUAUGUGGCCCGAGUUGCCAAGAAUACUAGGGACCUCGAGUUCAGCAGUGACCAAAUAGCACAGGCAAUUCGCUGGGCCGGGCUUGAAGCAGAAGUAGAUAUCAUCUCCAUGUCUUUCGGCUUCCCACGUGACGACGACGUCAUCUCUGCAGCUAUAGAAGACGUUGAGCGGAACCGUGACAUCACAUUCUUAGCCAGCGCAGGAAACAAUGCGGCUUAUCAAAGAGAAGCUUUUCCCGCGAGACAUCGAUCCGUCAUCUCAAUAAGGGCAACAGAUUGCCAGGGUACCUUUAACGCAAGCAACCCACCUAUAAUUGACCGAAAUAGUAUAGCUCUCGGCACGUUCGGGGAUAACUUACCAACACGUCUCAACAAUGAGAUCACGAAACAGUUUGGCCCUCAAAUCUGCCAUCCUGGAUCAUCGAUAGCGACAGCGGUUGCUGCUGGUAUAGCAGCAUCGACGAUAGCAUACGCAGAAGUUCUCUCGACAGUUCUUCCCAUACCGACAGAACAAAGUCCAGUACAGUCUUUGAGGAGAACUGAGGGUAUGAGAAGAUUGUUGGAAAAGAUGGCACCGGACCAGACAGGGAAUAAUAGGUUUAUAAACCCGAUAUGGUUCUGGAGUGAGAGGGCGGAUGCAUGGAGGGCAUGGGCUGCUAUGUAUGAUGCAGUAUCACCAUUUAUGUACCGAUAA